CAUAUGUGGGAUGAAGCGAUGAACAAGUAGAGCAUCAAUUAUAUCCGUGAAAAACUUAUCAAUUUGGCAUUCCAUUCCCGCCAUGGAUCUCCUCCUUCAUUACUCAACAACCCCACUUCAAUAUACACUCCAAUCUCGCCGUCAUUUCGCCGUGCCAUCUCUCCGGCGAUUCAUAGUCAGAUCAAGCUGCCUUCCAUCUGCAGCUCAGAAUGCCAAGUAUAGCAAUGAAUUACGAGCUGCUGUCGAUGCCGUUGACCGUGCUUGCCGCCUUUGUGUUGACGUGAAGCGAUCUUUGUUCACUAGUGACGGGAAGAUUCUUGAAAAAAUUGACCAGACACCAGUCACAAUUGCGGAUUUUGGAGUUCAAGCUCUAAUUAGCUUGGAGCUCGGGAAGCAAUUUCCUUCUAUUCCAUUGGUUGCUGAGGAGGACUCGGCAUUUUUACGCUCAAAUAACCUCAUAGAGUCUGUUGUAAAAGUGGUUACGGAAAAAGUAAGUUCUGGAGAUAAAGCAUUGACUCAAGAUGAUGUUCUUGAAGCUAUUGACAGAGGAGGAACAUUUGGACCCAACCCAGCCACAUAUUGGGUUUUGGAUCCUAUUGAUGGCACACGGGGAUUUGUCAAGGGUAACGAGGCCUUGUAUGUGGUAGGUCUGUCUCUUGUGGUGGAAGGACAGAUUGUUUUGGGGGUUAUGGGAUGCCCCGAUUGGCGGGCAGAUGAGUCAAACAAUCUAACUUCAAAGGUUAAGAAUUAUGAAAAGGAUAUAUUUGGGUCUGGAAUCAUUAUGGUUGCACAUAUUGGCUGUGGAACAUGGUCCAAAGGACUAUCCGAACUACAGAAAAGUAAUUGGUACAGAUGCUCAGUUGAUGGCUAUACUGAAGUUCAUGAUGGACGUUUUUGCAUUUCGGAGAGCCAAACAUGGGAUUCAUUGCCUUUGUCAUCUUUAUUUGGUUCAACAACAAAUGCGGACAACAUCAAGGAUAAUGAAGUUCUUCUUUUGCCUACCUGUUGUGGAAGUUUAUGCAAGUAUCUGAUGGUAGCUUCUGGGAGGGCAUCUGUUUUCAUUCAACGUGCAAGAGCUGAACGAGUGAUCAAGGUAUGGGAUCAUGCCGUUGGGGUGAUCUGUGUACAAGAAGCAGGAGGAAAGGUAACUGACUGGAAUGGAGAUCAGCUUGAUCUUGCUGCAGAUCAAGAUGAGAGGAAAGCGCUAUUCCCUCCAGGCGGUAUUCUUGUUUCGAAUUGCAACUUACACAAAGAGAUACUCGAGAUUAUUGCAUCCAAAUCUUCAGUAGUAUUAUAACAUUUGGUAAGGGAAAUCAAACCUCUUUUUCUUGCAUGUAACAUACAUUAAUACCAUGUUGACUUGAAUUUAAUGAGUGAUAAAGAAAACAAACAAUGGAAUUCAAUUUGUUCCACCAUUUCCGAUUA